CACUGGUCAUCGAGCACGUCGAUUGAGACGAAUAGCGACGAGAAGGGAACGUCACAACCAGGAGACGGGACUAGAAGCACGGAGUCCGAUUAUGGACUCGCAAAAUGAUUUUGAGAGACUGCCCAACUCAGAGGUAAACAACAAGUAUGACAGAAGCAAAGCAGUGGAUCCGAUAGCUAUCGUGGGAAUGGCCAUGCGGCUUCCAGGGGGAGUGACAACCGCUGAUGAGUUCUGGGAUAUGCUCGUCAACAAAAAGACUGGCCAUUGCGAGAUUCCCGGUAAUCGUUUCUCUGUUGAUGCAUUCUACAGUGAGACACGACCUCAUUCAGUCAGAGCCAAGCAUGGAUACUUUCUUCAUGACGAUCCUGCCGAGUUCGACGCUCCCUUUUUCUCCAUCUCACAGUAUGAGGCUGGGAGGAUGGAUCCGCAGCAGCGCAAACUGCUGGAGGUGGUUUGGGAGUGCUUGGAGAGCGCAGGAGAGACACAUUGGCGAGGCAGAGAUGUUGGCUGCUAUAUUGGGGUCUUUGGUGGAGACUGGUUGGGCUUGACGGAUAAAGAUCAUCUGGCAACAGAUCGAUACUAUGUCCUAGGAACAGGAAACUUUACCCUAUCCAAUCGCAUAUCCUACGAGUAUGAUUUUCGUGGACCAAGUAUGACACUAGAAACAGGAUGUUCAGCAUCGAUGAUGGCCCUGCACGAAGCAUGUAAUGCACUGAAUUCUGAACAGUGCUCGUCCGCUAUUGUCGCUGGGACGAAUCUGAUUCUGUCACCAACUAUGAUGACUUCGAUGUCGGAUAAUAUGAUCAUUUCCCCGAGCGGAAUUUGCCGUACCUUUGAUAAUGCGGCUGAUGGGUACGGAAGGGGAGAAGCCGUCAGCGCCAUUUAUAUCAAAGCAUUGAGCAGCGCUGUCGAGAAUAAUGACCCUAUUCGAGCUGUAAUUCGAGCCACAGCGACCAAUAGCGAUGGCAAAACCCCCAAUUUUACCACACCUGGUGUGCAUUCCCAAGAAAGCCUAAUUGAAGCAACAUAUAGAGCAGCCGGUAUAAGCGAUCUUUCAGAGACUGGGUACUUUGAGUGCCAUGGUACGGGGACACAAGUCGGUGAUGCCGCCGAGGUCUCGGUCAUUGCUAAAUUGUUUGGAGGAAGGGGCAUUACAAUAGGUUCAGUCAAACCCAAUGUUGGCCAUUCAGAGGGCGCAUCUGGGAUCACUAGCAUAAUCAAAAGUGCUCUUUGCCUAGAGCAAAGAAUCAUUCCUCCGACUAUAUAUCAAACCCCAAACACUGAGAUUCCAUUUGAAGAGAGGAAGAUAUACCUGCCUUCUCAGCCUAUGACUUGGCCUCAGGACAGGAAAGAAAGGAUUAGUGUCAACUGCUUCGGCAUUGGGGGAUCCAAUGUCCAUGCAAUCCUUGAAUCCUACCGCUUACUUCCUAAGGCGAAUUUGGAUCAUGCUAUGCAAUCUGAUGAUACACCGGAGCUCUUGUUAGUAUCUGCAAGCACCAAGGAUAGUCUGAAAACACGCAUAUCAGCUGUCACCGAGUUUGCGAACAGGCCUAGUGCGGCAUUUUCAGACCUUGCUUACACUCUUCGUGCACGACGUACACAUAUGGCAAACCGGGCUUUUGCUGUGGUACGGCAGAAUAGCCAAAUUGACGAGUCUAGUUUCGAAAGCCAUGAAAUGGAGGAGGAUCACCUAGUAACUCUUGCUUUUUCCGGUCAAGGGCCCCAGUGGCCCGGGAUGGGCAAAGCUUUAAUGCACAAGUUUGUCGAGUUUCGAACUGCCAUUAGUGAAAUGGAUGGCAUUCUGCAAAGUCUACCUGAUAGUCCUGAUUGGUCUCUGGCCGAUGAGAUCUCGAAGGAUGUUGACUCCCGCAUUCAUGAAGCACAUAUCACACAACCACUGUGCACUGCCUUCCAGAUUGCCUUGUUCCAUGUGAUGUUGGCUCUUGGCUUGAAGUUCGACUACUUGGUAGGGCAUUCCAGCGGUGAAGUGGGUGCAGCGUAUGCGGCAGGUGCGAUCACCAUGAGAUGUGCCAUUCUAUUGGCAUAUUACCGUGGAAUAGCCACGAAGUCGGAGCAGGGACAAGGAUCGAUGUAUGCCGUUAGUCUGGGCUCUGAAGAAGUUGGCCCUUAUCUAAGAGGAGACGUCGUCAUCGCUUGUAUCAACAGCCCGAAGAGUGUCACACUCUCUGGCUACAAAGAACCACUAGAAGAAACUAUCCAUGAUAUUCAGCAGCAAAGACCUGAGGCAAUCUGCAAGUUGCUAAAAGUUGAUGUGGCAUAUCAUUCUCAUCAAAUGACACACUGCGGCCGCGUAUAUGAGUCUCUGAUAGCACCGCACAUGGAGCACCAUACGGGACAUAUGCUGCCUUUCGUAUCAAGUGUCACCUGCUCCAUGGUUGAGAGUCCCACCGAGCUCGGGGCUUCAUAUUGGCGUCGAAACCUUGAAUCACCCGUGAAAUUCCAAGGGGCUGUUGUAGUGAUUCUAAAGUGUGACAUAAAAUCGCACGUUUUUGUAGAACUCGGCCCUCACUCUGUGUUGUCAGCCCCAUUGAAACAAAUAUGGAGAGCCCAGUCUUCAGGCCAGAAACAAGUUUAUGUCCCAACCAUCAUACGAGGCAACAAUGAUCCCGAGGCACAGCUUUUGAGGACCCUGGGCCUUCUUCAUAGUAACGGUGUCUCAGUCAAACUCAGCAUCGAAAGCCAUGACAAGAAGUAUCAAGUGCUGACCGGCAUGCCGAUAUAUCCCUGGAUGCGAGGCAAGUCUCUUUGGACUGAGAGUAGAGUGGUGCGUGAAUGGAGGUUGAAUGUACAUCCAUACCAUGAGCUCCUCGGUUCUCGCGUGACAGAAACACCCGAACUUGAGCCGACAUGGAGAAAUCUGCUAUCACUUUACGCUGUGCCUUGGAUAUGCGAUCAUGUACUCCAAGGAAGUGUGGUAUUUCCUGCGGCGGGGUAUAUCGCCAUGGCAGGAGAAGCCAUACGGCAACUCUUUCCGUCCACAGAAGGUUUCGUCAUGAAGAACCUCAUGCUCAAGGCUCCAUGGAUAUUGGAAGAGAACAAAUCCUUCGAAGUCAUUACCGGCCUUAAGCCCAUCAGAUACAAUGACAUGGAAGACUCAGAGUGGUACUCGGUUUCCAUCAUCGUUCACGACGGCAAUUCGUGGACUAAACAUUGUCAAGGGCAAGUUAGGCCAGAAUCCCGUAGACGCCAAAUUGAUGGGACAUCGGAGACUUACCUUCGUGCUAUCAACCCGGAAACCUGGUACGAAGCUUUGAAUAGGAAAGGACUUGCUUAUGGUCCCCGAUUCCGAGGUCUAAAGAACAUAUCUGCAAAUACAACUGCGCCCACUGCGACCGCUUCGAUUGUCGACGAUGCAUCAGAGCAUGAUAGCAAAUAUUUCGUACAUCCAAUCGCGAUCGAUCAAUGUUUACAACUCUUAAGCGUCGCCCAGUCAAACGGUCUCAUGCGUUGCUUGACCGGACUAGCUAUUCCAGCCUCUAUAGAAGAGAUAUACAUCACCUAUGGGGGAAAAGAGAUGAAUGUACAGGCGGCAGCCUCCUCUGAUGCCCCUGAGAAGCGACUUGGAAAUGCAACCCUAUCAACGGAUCGGUGUGUGAGUCUGUCGCUGCGCAAUGUCUUCUUCUUUUCCCUCGACGAUGAGGUCUCCUAUGGAGACCCUGUUGUUCCAUUGGUCGCGCAAAUGGUCUGGACGAAGGAUAUUGAUUUUGUGCCUUCAGAUAAGCUUCUCAUUCCACGAGCUCCAAUGUAUUCCAAUCCUAAAGCAAACAGGGCGAUACAAGCAUUGAGCAAGAUUGCCAUUCUUCACAUUCUCAAUUGUGCGAACGUUGUCAUAUCAGUCGAGCCCCGUUCUGACCACAUGAGGAAAUGGAAAGCAUAUAUUAUGAACCAGGCUCGCAUUGUUGCAGAGGGAAAAGAGUGUUUCUUCCCAGAAUCACGGAACUGGGUAUCUGUUGGGAUCGAUGAGAGGAACGACCUCAUUUCCGAGGUGCUCGACGAUAUUCAACCCAUACAGGAAGAAUUCGCUGUCAUUCUCACUGUGCUUCAAAAUGUCUAUGAAAACUGUGCCCAAUUUUUGCUCGGCACAGCUUCUCCUCUCGAGGUCUUUCUUAAGGACAAGAUGCUUGAGAGAUACUAUGCUGUCACACGCCCACAGCAAAUGAAAGACCUUCUGUAUUUGCUGGGCACUACGAAGCCAGGAAUCAGGAUUAUCGAGAUUGGUGCAGGAACAGGAUGUGCUACAUCUGAAGUCCUGAAGUCCCUCCAGACAGAGGAUGGAGUUAGACUAUACUCGUCCUACACGUUCACGGAUAUUACACCUGGCUUUUUUGCCCCUGCCGUGGAAAAGUUCAAGGACUGCAGUGGCCUGGAAUUCAAGACCCUCGAUAUUAACCUGCCACCCGGCGAACAAGGAUUUGAGCUACAUACCUUUGACUUAGUUAUUGCAUCCAAUGCUGUGCAUAUAACCCCUAGUCUCCAAUGUUCCUUGAAACAUGUUCAUGAUCUCCUGCGUCCUGAUGGGCGUCUAUUGCUACAUGAACUCAAUCCCGGUAAGACAAUUGGUCAGCUUCUUGGUGUCCUUCCAGGCUGGUGGCUUGGAGAAGAAACAGACAGGCGAAACCGACCAUACGUACCGCCGGAGAGGUGGGAUGAAGAGCUCAAGCAAGCGGGAUUUACUGGAAAUGAGACUGCGGUCUACGACAACGAUCGUCCACUCCAGACGAAUUUCACUAUGUUAUCCAGGCCAAUUGAAUGCAAAGUGAAACGACGAGGAUCUGUGCACAUAGUAUACAGUGGAACUCAGAGCAUCUGGAUGCAGGGCUUGAGUACAUCACUUGUGGAGAGUGGCUAUUCUGUGACAUCUGGAAUAAUGAGAGAAGAACAUCCCAGCGGCGCUCUCAUUGUUUCUCUCCUAGACUUCGAUGAGCCUUUCUUCUAUGACCUCACAGAGAAGACUUUUGAGUCAUUACAACAUUUCCUUCGAACCAUAGUUGGAGGCGCGAUACUCUGGCUUACACAUCCAUCGCACUUGAGCUGUCCGGAUCCUCGGUUUGGUCCUAUACACGGGUUCACCCGGACGAUACGACAGGAGCUUGAUGUACGAUUCACAGUACUGGAGAUUGACGGUUUUGAUACCGGGGUAUACUCCGCCAUUCUUCGUUUGAUCGAAAAGAUGCAACAAGCGCAGCAGUUCUCUAGUGCGGAAAUCGACCAGGAAUAUGUUCUCCAUGAGGGUAACGUGUAUGUCAGUCGGUGUCAUUGGCCUUCAUAUGACAGAUCGACACCUCGAGCAGAAAAAAGCGAGACCCCGUGCAAAAAGCUUGAUAUCGCUGCAUACGGUCUCCUGGAUACCCUGCGUUGGUGCGAUACGGCACACCUACCGGUAGAACAAGAUGAACUAGAGAUUGAUGUUCGCUACGUGGGGUUGAACUUCAGAGACCUUAUGGUAGCUAUGGGUUUAGUUGGUGACCGGAGUAGUCUAGGAUUUGAAGCAACUGGUGUUGUCUGCAGGACAGGAUCACAAGUCCUCGAGUUCCAGCCCGGUGACAGAGUCGUCUUCACCCAGAAUGGUCUUUUCACGACGAAAACUGUGGCCAACCAACGUUAUUGCCUUAAGCUUCCGGACGAGCUAGGAAUGGAAGAUGCAUCCACCAUGUUUUCGGUUUACGCCACGGUACUAUACUCCUUCCUUCGAGUCGGGGCUCUGCAGGCAAACCAGACUGUAUUAAUUCACUCAGCAUGUGGGGGCGUUGGACAAGCCGCAAUCCAUGCCUGUCGAGCUGUUGGCGCAAAGGUCUAUGCUACGGUCGGAAACGAUGAAAAGGUUCAGUAUUUGAUCGAUCAUUUUGGAAUGAGCAGGACGGACAUUUUUAACUCGCGGGACGAAUCGUUUGUAGCCGAUCUGAUGCGUGAGACAAAUGGACGGGGCGUUGAUAUCGUGCUCAACUCGCUCGCAGGCAAACUCCUUCAUGCUUCGUGGAAAUGUGUCGCUCCGUUCGGCAAGAUGAUUGAGCUGGGGAAGAGAGACUUCUUGACCAAUGGCAUCCUUGACAUGGCUCCAUUUCAUUCGAACCGUGCGUUUAUCGGUGUAGACAUGAUUGGGCUUGCUGAAGAAGAUUCCGGUACGUGGGAGUGGUUAACAGAGCAGUUCAAGGUCUGGUAUGUUGAAGGCAAAAUCAAGCCUAUUCAUCCUAUCAAGGUCUUUGAGGCUGCGGAAGUCUCGAGUGCAUUCAGGUACCUACAGACGGGAACUCAUAUAGGCAAAAUCUUGGUCAGAAUGCCCGAUUCUGCGCAAGAAUUACCAUCCACACCGUCUGUACUAUCCUAUCGGUUCUCGACCUCGUCCUCAUACUUGCUGGUGGGAGGACUUGGUGGACUUGGUCGCUCUGUUUCAAGCUGGAUGGCAGAGCGAGGUGCUAGCGAAAUAGUUUACCUUUCACGCUCGGCCGGUCAGUCCGAGAGCGAUCAACUUUUCAGAGAAGAGCUUAAAUCACAAGGCUGUGAAGCUAUCUUCGUGGUCGGAAGUGCGACAGUGCUUGAGGAUGUACAAGAGGCCAUUGCCAGGUGCACGAAGCCCCUAGCCGGUGUCAUGCUCUUGUCCAUGGUCUUGCGAGACCAAAGCUACCUCAAUAUGAGCUAUGACGAUUGGACAACGUGUCUAGACCCGAAGGUCCAAGGGGCCUGGAACUUACAUCAUGCCGUGCAGAGUCAUAAUCUCGAUUUUUUCAUUCUUUUCAGUUCUGUUUCCGCGAUCAGCGGCUUCCCGGGGCAGGCAAAUUAUGCUGCUGCUAACUCAUUCCUGGCCGCCUUCACCCAGCACCGUCGCCAGCUCGGCCUGAAAUCGUCUAUCCUCGAUCUCGGCCCGGUAGAAGAUGUGGGAACAAUCAGCAGAAACCCGAAGCUGCGCUACACUCUGCGCCGACAUGCGGCGCGGCUGCUGAAUGAGCGGGAAUUCCUUCAAGGGGUUGAGCUGGCCAUUCUGCAACCGCCCAUUCCCGGAUAUUCCAUGCACGACGACUACCAGGGCCCAAGGAUCACCAACCCGGCCAUCGUCGGCCUUGGGAACACCAGGCCCCUCGAUGAUCCAACAAGUCGGCCGAGUUGGCGCCGCGGAGACUGUCGUUUUGCCCUCUACUCUAACAUGGAUUUGAAAGGGUCGCGCCACGAAAUGGAGAACAAUGAGCUGAAAAUGCUCCUGGACAGCAUCGAAAGGGAUCCCGCCCUGGUCAAUGAUGCCCGAAUCCGGGGCCUCAUUGUGAUCGAGGUGGGCAAGAUGAUCAUGCCGCAUCUCGCCAAGGAGGGUGAGUUGACCGAAGAGCAAUGCGAGGAGAUUCAGAUCGACUCUCUCGUAGCGAUUGAGAUUAGGGCGUGGGCGAAACGCGUAAUGUCGCUGGAUCUCACUCUGGUGGAGAUCGCGAAGGCGGCGACGAUCGGGGGCUUGGCCACUUUGUGUCUGGGGCAUCUCAGGUCCCGACAUGAACCUGAAGAGAAAGAGAAGAUUUGAGUCCUUUCCUGUGGUGAUUGACCUUGCAGUCGUUGGUGGCUGGUUUCACUGGCGACCGAGGGCUUUGCUUUCUUCUUUGUGGUAUUGCUG